AUGAAGAAGGUGAAAUAUGCCGCCUCAGCCGCUGUAACGCCACAUUCGUAUGACAGAGGAAGGGACUGUCACAGUGCAACUGCAUGGAUGCGCCAAUUGCUCUGCAGGCGCUUUUCGACGUGGCGGCCGCUGCUCAAUCGAACACCACCGCGUCCUUUGAAGUCCUUUACGCCGCAGGGGGCCAUGCGCAGCUCUCUUUUCCCGCAGCACCGGUGUGUUUCGUCACAGGCAACACCAAGUGAUGCAGGGGCGCCUGCAGAAAAGCUCAGCCCCUGGGAAAAGGCGUUUGAAGAGGCGCUUUACAUGGGGUUUACACAUCAAUCCGUUGUUGGUGUAGCCGACUCCGCCGAUACAACACCUUCCAGCGACCUAGCAAACAAAAAUGUCGCUAUCCGCGUCGCGCCCUGUAUCGAGGACCCCACAGAAUCCCCCAGUGCGGCUGCAAUCGAGGUACCUGAGGAUACUGCUGGCGCAGGUAUCACAGGCUCUGAAACUCUCUCGGUGACACGUGCUGCAAAGUCGACCCCUUUGGCCCAGACUCCACGAGAGAAUCCUCGCCCUAGCAGCGGAGUCAGCAGCCCGCCCCUGUUGCCGUCCGUCUCACAGUCUGAGGAAGAGCGCCGCAUGCAUCGCAUCACCGAGCUAGCGUUUGAGCAGGCGCUCUACGGCGACCCCGUCGUUGAAAGUAGGGGAGACGGCGGCGCCACCGGCAGCCACAGUACAAAGACCCCUGAUUCCACCUUGAAUACACCAACCGAGCGGCCGACGGGCGAGGCAGCGGGAGUGGUCGAAGAAAGCCGCGAAGGCCGUGCAGUUGUUGCAACUGGCGUCGCUACGCAAGCAUCUCCAAAGUCAUUUCCACCACCUCCGAGCCACCUACCUCGGGGAGGCAGCGCAGAACUCUCGAAAAGUGCUCUUUCACCUUUACAGGCUUCCAGACUCAGCGAGGAGAAGGGUCAGCCAAUGUCGGCAACGACAGUGACAAUGCCACGGGCAGCUUUCGAGUCUGCUGAGGCUGCGUUUGAGCGCGCGCUCUAUGGCGAUCUCAUGGUGGAGCCGUUGAGUGGGAAGGCGAAAGUUCUGGUGCCCAGUGAUGCGAGCAUAGCUGAGGCAGGUAGAGAGGGCAGCACGUCUACUGGCGCUCCUCCGUUGUUACCGACGACACCUACUUUGCUCGGCACUCCUGCCUCGACGCGACCGUAUCCCGAUGCUGGUGUCGCGGAUGCACUCAUAUGCAGCCCAGAGGAUCUCGCAUCGUGUGGGGUGGCUGAAGAGAAGCCAGCAUCCGACAUUCGCGAAUCCAAGGCAGAGAAGAUGCCACAGGGCCGCGGCGAUGUCCGUCAGCUGGUUGAGAGCCCAGUGACCACAGGGGUACCUGCCACAGCUGACGGUGGCGGUGCUGAUAGAGUCGCUGUCAAGGAAGCCAUUCCUCCUCCCACCGUCUCCAUGCGCUGUGUUUUCAGUCUCGACCGUCGAGAUUCCCCUGCUGACCAGUUCGCACUCUUUAAUGCUCUGUUCCGUGUCACAGAUCACCACACAACUGUCGUCACGCACAUCGACCCUGAGGAUCGGGUGAGGCGAUGCAUGCCGCUACUGGAUCGUGUCAGCAAGCGGGAACUCUUUUUCGCAAGUGAGUGGGUCUUGGAUUUGGAGCGAGCCGAUGGAACCAACACUGCACCGCUCAGCACCGAGAGCGCAGCCGGCUUCGCAGAAACUUCGGCGCCGCCGCCUUUCACACACCGAGAGGUGAUAGGACGCAGCAAGGUCCUGCGCACCCUCGUGUUCCGUCUGCUGCGGGUGCCACACCGCUGGUGGGACCAGGUGCAGGAACUCGUAUUGCUUGCGGUGAAAGAGGCGGCGGCACUUCAUCCGAGCUGCACAACUGCCGUAGACGCUGCAGCCUCUGGCGAGGAUACCUCUCUGAAGUCCUCCGGUGCCGGCGCUGAUGACGCUGCUGCCUCUGUUGUGAUGACUGCCAGCGACACGGUUGCUGCGGGUGGUGUGAUACGAGACACCACUGCGGAGGAUGUGCAGGCGGCCAUGACUCGCGUCUUCAGCACCGAUCCCCAGCAGGUGCACUUUUUCAGUGACGCCUUGCGGGAAGUACUUGCUGCAUUGGGUCACACCAGCGGCACCGAUCGCUCUCUUCCAGCCUUUGAGGGACCGCUGGGGGCGUGGAAAGCUUUUGUGCUCACGCAGCGCCACCUCACAACCGGGGUCUGCGGCCCGCACACGCGGCCCUUCAGCUUUGGUGAAGGACGGCCCACUAUCACCGCCUCAGAUCUUGCACCUCUGCAGUACUGUGAGGCUGCCGCCUCCUGGGACGACCCGCCGUCUUUAGGGCCGCUUCCCUGCGCCACCGCUGUGCCGCACCGGGCAGAGGUUUACCUGACGAAAGGGGAGCGUGGUGUCGACGAGGCCCACGCGGGGAGGGCGUCUUUACCUCGCAUGCCCUCGGCGAGCACUGCCGCUGUCGACGCCAUUACAAUGGCGUGGGACAAAAUGAGCGAGGAGGAGCAAAACACGUUCCUCUUUGGAGCCGAAAGCGCGCAGCUCUCCCAGCGAGUUCGCGAGCUGGGUGGUGUUUACGCCGUGUUCGGUCAGAACAACACGCCGUUUGAGAUGGAGAGCAUGCUCGCGGAGGCCGAAGCGGCGGCGCAGCUGCGCGAGGCACAGGAAAAGGAAGAGGCAGAGGCCGAAGCAGCGGGCGUGGGUAGCACUCACGCGCUGGCAGAGGCCUCGUUGUUGGAGGUGAUGCGUGAUCGGGAGGCGGCACGCGUGCGUGCGUACGAUGUGGACCGGGUGGUGCUCGAGCUGACGAACGGCGAGGGAGUGGCUGUCGCCAGGCUGCCUGGUGGCCGCUCCACCUUCCUCUCCAACCUAGCAGCUGCGUCUAGCGCGCGAGGCGGAAGGACCUCCCGACAACAGGGUGACCACGGACGCAUUAGUGCGGUCGCAGCCGCUUCUAACGUGCCGUUUCAACGACAACUGCAGAAUAACGAGGACGUGCAGCUUGCCGCGCUGUGGCAGCGCUUCACCCGAGCGUCAACGGGUGACCUCAUAGGCAACCUCCUCUACGUGCGCCGCCACGCCAGUCUGCUGGUGCACGAGGCCAUGGUGGAUGUGGCGGUGCAGAAGGCCUUCUGGUUGCUCUUUUUUGCUCGCGACGAAGUGCGCGCUGUCACCCAUCCGAAGCGCACGUACGAGACACUCUGGAACUUGCACCACCAGCUCGUGUCGCUCUUUGUGUUACCCAGCACUGAUGGGUCACCGCCCUCGCCAGCGCCGGGGCAAGUCGCCCGUAGUGGCGAGGACGCACAGGCGAUAAACCCGGCCUUUGAGUCUCUCUCGCUGCACAGUCAGGUGAGCUACGCUUGUUUUGGCUGUGCGCACGUGCUGCCGCAGCGCGGCGAAUCGGCCAAGUCGUCGUACCUGAGUACGCUGGUGACGGAGCCCGCGGGAGUGGGCGACAGUCCCAUCACUCACUCUGGCGUUCACAAGCCCUAUGCAUCGCCGAAGGAUCUGUAUGCUGCCCUCACCGGGACCUACAGCGGUAGGGUCGCUAGGCGCGAAGGAGCGACAGCAGUGCCUUCAACGUCCGCCGUCCACUCGCAGGUGGCGGACAGUGUGAGGGUAAAUUUUGAAACCCUCUCAGCCUUUCAGCAGCUUGCCGUCGCUUUCUGCUUCCCCCGCAACGACGCCGAGAGGGACGAAGCGGCGCGGCUCGUGUCUGGGCGUAGCGGCAUCACGGCCGUGAAUGCGCUGACGACCACCACGCGAGGAGCGGCAGACGCGGAGGGGGAUCCGCAGAAUGAGAGGGGCGAGCCCUCGUUGGGUACCGGAUCACACCUCACAUCUGAAGGGAAGCUGUUGGAUGAUGGCUGCCGCGCGCAGCCGAGUCUCCACGUGGAGGAGCGAAUAAAAGGCGCCAGCAAAGUCAAAACCCACGACAACUGCUCCACCGGUGGUGACACAUGGCUGCAGCAAGUGCAAUGCGCUCUCGAGGGCAGUGUGUACGAGUGUCUCCGCUCUCUCCGAGCAGCAGGCGUGCUUGCGACCCCGCUUCCUUCUCCCAAGCACCGCUUCAGCGACACCAGUGUGAUCUUGGCGACCUUCUCCAAUGAACAACGGCGCAAGGUGCAACGCGCCGUGCAGGAUAUCACAGCCACAAUGAUCGAGGGGGAUACUGUGGAGUCCUCGGUAGGUGCACCGUCGUUAGCGAGGGAGGUACUUGUGCCUGCCAAGGCAGAGAUCAAACAGCAUCUCAUGCCCCCUCUUGACUCAACAAUGGCGGAUGCGCUCGCGUCUCCUCGGCGAAGGGGUCGGAAGGCGAGGACAACUGCAAACACACCACUAUCGUCAGCUAUGUCGGUGGUGCGCGACAAGCGCCAGCAAGUCACUGAGACGAUGCCUACGAACGACCUGUCUCUACGACGCAAGCGGGGUCGGAAGCCACGUGCUGCGAGUUGCGAAGGUAUCGAUAGUGCACCAGAGAAGCAAACAGCAGCCGCGGUUCUCGAAAAGACGAAGCGGUUGAAGACCCCCUCAAUGAAGCGGAGCCCGGGCCACCGAGGCCGUAAUCGUGGAGGGGAACGGCAGGAAAGCGGAGUGACCAACGAGGAGGUGGCCCGUGUCAUGGCUUUGUUUUGCGAAGGCGCGACGUAG